AUGUAUCGUUUCUUUUUGCUUGGCGCUCUCUUCGCCGAGACAGCUAAGGCGGUCCUGAAGGCCCCGGAGGACCAAAUGACCGCCCAUAUCGUGCAGCAACGAGGGUUUCGUCCAAGCUCGGACUCGGCCGCCUGGACCACUGGACGGAGCUGGUCGUUGAACGGUACCAAUCCAACGACACCGAAUGGAGUAGCCGGGGCGGCCAGCAGCACCUUUUCUUUUCCGCUCAAUGCGACGAGUACCUCCAUGAGUUCGGCGUGCUCCUUGAGCAUCAUCACAUCGACAACAACGGUAGACGUGACUUUUUACAUAACUGCCACCACUUCGUUCGGCAGUAAUCUGACAUCAUCUUCCGGUACUGGCACGGGGCAUCCGUCAUGGACUUCGUCAUCGACAAACUCCAGUUCUACGACGCCCUGUGCGACAUGGAACAUCUCUUCCACGUCUCUGAAUCUCUCCACAGGCUUCACCAAGCCCGUCAGUUCCUCUGCAACUACCGCCUUCACAGCCUCCGAGUCGCCUUGCUCCAAUGAGACGGCUACAACUUCCACGUUCACGUGGCACAACAUCACCACCUCUGUCAUGCCAUCACAGACCACCGAGCCAUGCGACGAUGACUUGGCUUCCACUACUCAGCUCAAUUCAACAGCAACAGCUUCCAGCGCGCUCCUGAACUCGACCGCAAUGUGGUCCGCCAAGACGUCGUCAGGCGUUACCCAGAGCACGACGCCUUGCGAUGAUGAGCAUGCGACUGGUUCCAGCAGCGCAUCUGCAUUCUCGACCAGCGCCGCGAGCAAUACAUCCGUCUCCGACGUGAGCAAGACCGCUGUUUCAUCUGCAUUUUCUUCAGGGACCACAUUCACAAGCAGAGGUUCCAACAGCACGACCAGCCAACCCUUUUCCAUGACAUCGAGCUCUCUUGGAAACGGAACUGCUACCCACUCGUCGGUGGAAACGACCAACCCAACUGAGCCAUGCGAGGACGGGUCUAGCACGGUGACUCCUGCCACACCCUGGGGCGCCACAGCCACGUCGAGCCGUGACACUUCAAGCACUCUGCAGGUCACCCCAACAUCCUCAACGGACUCAAGCCGGAGUCUCAUCACCAAGUCGGCAGACACUACGCCGGUCUCCUGGGCGACACAGAUAACGCCAACCGCCGUGACCCCCAUUCCCACGGAGAGCUGCGUCAUCGACACAUCCAUGGUGCCGGUCACCAGCGCGCCGCUUACCUCCGUUCCGUCCUCAACGCUCAUCCCGACAAAGACGGUUUGUCAGGAUAAUGCACCGACAGGCAAACCGAUGCCCGGAAACAACCACUGCGGCGUUCAUGGCCUGCCCGUGGGCAACUACUUCCUCGCGCGUUUCGUCGAGAAUUCGCCAGGCGUGCGCGUGACUUUGGAGGGCUGUUAUCAAUUUUGUGCCAGCGUGAUGAACGCCACAGAUGGGUGCAAAUCCUACCGCUUUUAUCCUGAGAGAGGCCUCAACGUUCCACGAUGCGACCUGUACGGUAGCAACGUCGCUUACGCCUUGAACUCUAUUGACAAUGAUCACCCCGACAUCUGGUUCGAUCUCACAUGCGGCUCACCUUCGGACCAGAAGUGGUCACACUUGCCCGGAAUGAGCCGUCUCCGAGAUCUUGGGUUGCUGGAAUAG